UGGGGGCCCCGGCGACCUCCCCGCCGCUCCCGGCCGCCGCCAAGAAGCGCCGCGGGACGGGGCGGUGGGCUUUGCACGGCCGGGCCCGCCUCGGGCCUUCGGGGUCGUCCUGCCCAUCCCGGGGCCUCGGCGACGGCCGAAGCUCCUCCCUGCCCGGGGCCCUUCCCGCUUCUUGCCCCUUCCCGGGCGCAGGGCGAGAUGAUCGUCCCCCCAGGAGCUGUGCUGGACCUGGAGUGGCAUCGCACGGAGGAGGGCAGGGGCUACUUGGGCCCGCUCCUGCGUCGGAACAGGCGCAGGGCUUUUGGACUGAUUGAGAGGCCGGUGCUGCCCCCACAAGAGGCUGCCGACGUGGCCGGCUACAAGAUCUUCGUCUCAGGCAAGAGCGGCGUGGGCAAAACUGCUCUGGUGGCCAAGCUGGCGGGCCAGGAGGUGCCUCUGGCACACCAUGAGACGACGGGGAUCCAGACCACGACCCUGUACUGGCCGGCCAAGCUGAGAGACAGCGGCAGGGCGCUCUUCUUCAAGCUCUCUUUCUGGGAUGGCGGAGAAGCAGCACUGAAAAAGUUCGAUCACCUUUUGCCCGCCUGCAGAGAGAAAGCGGAUGCGUUCCUCUUCUUAUUCUCCUUCGCGGAUCGUGGGUCCUUUGACGACCUCCCUAAUCAAAUCUCCCGCGUGGCUGAUGGAGCCAGGAACGUCCUCCGAAUUGUAGUUGGCACCAAGUUUGACCAGUUUGCCCACACUGAUGUGACUGAGUCGGAUCUGGUGGCUUUCUGCCACACCUGGGGCUUGCCGAUUUUGCGGGCAAAGAGCGUCAGCAGGCGGACCCCAGAUGGCUACGCGGAGCUAGAUGAAGUGGCCCAUCUCCUCAACCGGCUGGCUGAGCAUCUCUGGAGGCAGGACCAGGUGGUGGCCGGCCUGAUCCCUCCAGUGGUGGGUUCUGCCCUCCCAGAAGAUUUGGCUCUGUGAAAUCGUAAUCCUGUUGCCACGACUUGUCCUCAGCAGAGUCACUUAAAGCCUUUGAACCAAAACCUCUGCAUCUGUUGGCAGGGAAACCAACCAGGCCAAAUCCUGGAUUGCCGUCGGUGGUAAAAGUACACCAAGGAGGCAGACAGGACAGAAGGCAACUUUGGGAGUCCAGGGCUCCACGGAUCUCCGACUUGUGAGACGCCCAAGGGUUUGGCAAGUUCGUGCCAGAUUCUCUUGCCUCUGGUUUUCGUUCUUGCCAGGUAAAGCAGAAUCAAGGCUCUGAUCUGGUUGAAGAAGAGAAAUACUUCUCUGCCCUCUAGCCACGGAUGUGCCAAGAAAAGAUUCUGCCUCUGUGUAAGGUCGUCACGGGGAGGAGUCAGCAUAUAAUUCAUAUUUUUUGCUUUUCCUUUUUUCAGUCUUCAUGCCAGAAAUUUAAUAAAUGUUUUGAAUUUA